AAAAAGAGAGAAAGAAAGAAGGAGAAAGAGGAGGAGGAAAAGGUGACGUGUACAUAAAAAAGAAAGAGAUAGGGAAUGUGCAUUGAGACAAGGAUACACGUUGGUAGCAAUACGUACAUUCUGAAGUCACCACUGUGAGAGAGACAAAGACGAAAGGAUUGUAAGGCAGACAGACAAGAAGAAAGAGCAUGUAAAUAGUGAGAGAGAGAAAAUAAGUUUCUUUCGAUUACGCGUCGAGAAAGAUGCGUUCGCGCGUAUUAGUAACGCGGAGGACGACGAGGAAAGAGAGGAGGCGCCAUCACGAAAUCGUCUUGGUGUUGAAUCUAGCGUGAGUCAGUCGUCCCGUCGUGGAUCGUAACGGGCGGCCACCACGUACAAGAUGGCUUCAGGCGACAAUGUGGACGCGAUCGAGGUGGUCGAGACCAGCUUCACCGGACCGGCUCAACCUGCUGCUGCUACCGAGGAUUCUACGAGGACUGAUCAGUCAACCGAAGACGACAAUAAAUCCACGGGAGAAAAAGUAACUGCACUCGAUUUUAUUUUGCAGAAUUCAAUAACACAGCAUGGAACGGUGGGGCUCAAAACCCCUGCGGGGGUGUCAAGAAACAAAUCGGAAAGGGAAAGGAAAAUUGGACAUCGUCGAGUUGGAGUGGGAGGUGAAAUUACGUACAAAAAGAUACAAACGACACAGAUUAUGGGAUCUAUACAACUUGGUAUACAACAUGCAGUCGGUGGUCUGGCAAGUAAGCCAGAACGAGAUUUGCUCAUGCAAGACUUCAUGACUGUCGAAACAACGAAUUUUCCAAGCGAGGGAUCGAAUCACACUCCUGCUCAUCACUUUUCCGAAUUUAAAUUUAAAAAUUACGCCCCAAUUGCAUUUCGAUAUUUUAGGGAUCUCUUUGGCAUUCAACCGGAUGACUUUUUGAUGUCAAUGUGUAGCGCACCUUUGCGCGAGUUAUCCAAUCCGGGUGCUAGCGGAAGUAUAUUCUAUUUAACGGAGGAUGAUGAAUUUAUUAUUAAGACUGUACAGCAUAAAGAGGGAGAGUUCUUGCAAACUCUUCUACCAGGAUAUUACAUGAAUUUAAAUCAGAAUCCGAGAACAUUGUUACCUAAAUUUUUUGGCUUAUAUUGUUAUCGGUGUAACAGUAAAAAUGUUCGAUUAGUAGCUAUGAAUAAUCUCCUUCCUUCAGCAGUAAAAUUGCAUCAAAAGUACGAUCUCAAAGGAUCAACGUAUAAAAGAAAAGCAUCAAAGUCAGAAAGAUCAAAAUCGUCUCCGACGUAUAAGGACUUAGAUUUUAUGGAGCAUCAUCCAGAAGGAAUUUUUCUGGAAGCUGACACGUACAAUGCUCUGGUUAAAACAAUUCAACGAGAUUGUCGGGUAUUGGAAAGCUUCAAGAUUAUGGAUUAUUCGCUUCUUGUUGGGAUACAUAAUCUGGAUCAGGCUGCAAGAGAAAAAACUCAGGAACAAAGAAUAUCGGCCAGUGCGGACGACGAAGUUGGUGAAAUGACUGGAGAGAAUGGAGCUUUUAUUCAAGCGGAAAGAGAACGUGACAGGGAAGAUAGAAUAGGUGCUACGGCAUUGAAUCGAUCGAGAAGCAUAAACAGGCAAAGAUUGGUCGCUCAUAGUACAGCUAUGGAAAGUAUUCAAGCUGAAAGCGAACCAAUUGAUGAAGAGGAUGAUGUUCCCAGUCCUGGUGGUAUACCUGCAAGAAAUGCUCGUGGUGAACGGCUAUUGCUAUUUCUUGGUAUCAUUGACAUUUUGCAGAGCUACAGGCUUAAGAAAAAGCUCGAGCAUACGUGGAAAUCGAUGAUACACGAUGGUGAUACGGUAUCAGUACAUCGACCAGGAUUUUAUGCUCAGCGUUUUCAAGACUUUAUGGCCAAGACAGUAUUCAAGAAGAUACCUUCACUGGACCUGCCUGAGAUUAAGGGGAACCAUCGCAAAUUCCGUAACCUCGUCACCAGCUACAUAGCACUGAAACAUUCCCCAUCAAAAAGAAAAAGUAUAACGAGGCCGUUGAGGCCACUCGAGGGUGACUUCGAUUCGACCGCAGUGGCGGCUAUGGGAACCUCGACAAUGCAUGCUACGUCACCCACGAAGCCCGCAGGCGGCAGCCCAACGGAUAUCGCACCUUCUACUACCAGCACAGUUAUGUCGAGUGGUUCGGUCCCAAUUGCCACUUCCACACCUGUAAAUCUAGCAGCUGGUCCAGUAAGUCCACCACCAUUGAGCUUAGGCAUCACUCAAACUGUUCCCCAUCAAGAACAGAACGCUUUGGGUGGUGGAGUGAUUGGGAAAUCAUCAACAACAGCAACCAGUUACCCGGCCGUAUUGAAGGGAAGAAGUAGUGCGAGUCCUCCUAAUCCUAAUCUGGUACCUUCUGGAAAGGUUCCACCACCUGUUCCACCUAGAGGCUCAGGUGCAAGGUCUGCCAGAUCACCUGGACCUACCACAACCUCCUCGUCUUCGAUAACUUCCAGUCGAGGUGGCACCCUCCCCUCUACCUGUUCCACCCCGCCCCCACCUUUUGACGAUGUAGUCCGGUCUAACGACCAGACACUGGCUUCCGGUGGUCAUCUACAGCAGGCUGUUACUACAAGUAUACUCACCAGCAGCUUGAGCAGUGCCCAUUCCAAACACAACAAGGUCGUUCAUCAUGUCACUCUUACCAAAUCAAAUCAUGAUGCAGUCAGUAUAUCGGACGUACACUUGGAGAGUAGUGGAAGUGGAAGUGGUAGCGGUGGUAGGGAAACUAAAUCAUCGCUAAGCGUUGAAAGUGGUGGUAGCAGUCGUGGUGGAGGCGGCUUAACGUGGACACCACCUGCUGGUAGUGCUGAAGGAUCAACACCUACUUGGACGGAAGGGACACCAUCUUUUACUGAAAGUUCAAGCAGUGGUGAUAUAGGAUGUCCGACAACGCCGAUCAGAGGAAGUCAUCGAUCAGAAGAUGGCGGAAGAAUCGCAGCCACCGUUGAAGAAGCACUUGCAAGUCUCACUACUGAAAUGGAAAUUCUACAACACGAGUGAACGUAUUUUACACGCUGUGUAAAAUUUAACAACUCGUCGUCGUCUUCAUCGUCGACGUUGUCUUCUUCGUCUUCAUCUUCGUUCUCUUCUUAUUCUUUCUCUUCUUCUUCUUUUUCUUCUUCUUCUUUUCUUCUGAAAGCUUCCGUCUGUUUAUGUCUUUCUUUUAUAAAAAAUAAAAUAAGAUUAUUGCGUUUACGUUUGUACGUAUUUUAUAUAUGACAACGAGUUACAACAAAUCAUCGACGAACGAUAAUUUAACAUAACUUGGUUAAAAGAAUUUAAAAAAACAAAAGAAAAAGAAAAAAAAUCAUUCACAUCAGUGAUAGAAAGAAAGAGAGGA